AUGGGUGGUGGUAUGAUGGGUGGUGGUAUGAUGGGUGGUAUGGGUAUGGGUAAGAUGAUGGGCGGUGGAAUGGGAGGUGGAAUGGCCGGUGGUAUGGGCGGUGGAAUGGGAGGUGGAAUGGGCGGUGGAAAAGGUAUGCAGAUGGAAAUGGAAGCCGCUCCGGGUGGAAUGGGAGGCGGUAUGGGUGGAAUGGGUAUGGAGGUUGAAAUGAAACCCGCUCCAGCUGCUGGUAACAAGAUGGGCGGUGGAAUGGGCGGUAUGGGUGGUGGUAUGGGAGGCGGUAUGGGAGGAAUGGGUAUGGAGGUUGAAAUGAAACCUGCUCCAGCUGCUGGAAGCAAGAUGGGCGGUGGAAUGGGCGGCGGUAUGGGAGGUGGUAUGGGAGGAAUGGGCGGUGGAAUGGGUAUGGAGGUUGAAAUGAAACCCGCUCCAGCUGCUGGUAACAAGAUGGGCGGUGGAAUGGGAGGCGGUAUGGGAGGUGGUAUGGGAGGAAUGGGCGGUGGAAUGGGUAUGGAGGUUGAAAUGAAACCCGCUCCAGCUGCUGGUAACAAGAUGGGCGGUGGAAUGGGCGGUGGAAUGAGCGGUGGAAUGGGUCAGAUGAUGAUGAUGCCGAUGCCAAUGCAAAUGGCAAUGCCACAACAAAUGCCAAUGCCAAUGUCAAUGAUGGGAGGUAUGGGCGGUGGAAUGGGCGGAGGAAUGGGAGGAAUGGGCGGAGGUAUGGGUAAGAUGAUGAUGCCUAUGCAAAUGCAAAUGCCAAUGUCAAUGCCAGAACCUAUGCCAAUGCCAAUGCCAAAUAUGGAAAUUGAAAUGCCAAUGCCAAAGAUGGGAGGUGGAAUGGGCGGUGGUAUGAUGGGCGCCGGCAUGGGUGGUGGUAUGAUGGGCGCUGGAAUGGGCGCAGGAAUGGGCGCUGGAAUGGAAAUGGAAGGCGGUAUGGGUGGAAUGGGAGGAGGUAUGGGCGGUGGAAUGGGAGGUGGUAUGGGAGGAAUGGGCGCAGCUAUGGCUAAAAUGAUGAUGAUGCCACAACCUAUGCCAAUGCAAAAGCCAAUGCCAAAAAUGGAAAUUGAAAUGCCACCAGGAAUGUCAAAAAUGAUGGGAGCUAAAAUGAUGGCUGCCAUGAUGGGAGGUAUGAGCGGCGGAAUGGGCGGAGGAAUGGGAGGAGCAAUGGGCGGAGCAAUGGGAGGAAUGGGCGGAGGAAUGGGAGGAGGAAUGGCCGGUGGAAUGGGAGGAAUGGGCGGAGGAAUGGGAGGAGGAAUGGGAGGAGCAAUGGGAGGAGCAAUGGGAGGAAUGGGAAUGGGAGGCAAAAGAUAUAGAAGAGCUACUGAACUUAUGAGUGCUGCACUUAAAAAUAACCCAGAUAUAAAUGGUAUGAAAAAAAAUGAUUCUGAGUAUCUACUAAGCCAGUAUGCAGAUGACUCAUGUCUCUUAUUAGAUGAAGAUGAGCAAUCUUUAGAAAAUUUCUGA